ACUUUGAGCCGAGCGGACGCGCGUUGUCGUUCAGCGGAUGAAUUAAAAAAAAAAAAAUAGAAGAGAAAUAUCGCCUCGAAAUAAUUUAGAACAAGCAGUGUGGCACAAUUUAUCAAACGCGCUAUCGCACCCCCCACUUGGAUUACGGUCAACGCGAAACAACAACUACAGCCGAGAAAUACUAAAAAGAUAUAGAAACGAAAUCGAAAUUGAAAACAAAAAAUCAAAAUCAAAGCAUAAAAGAAAUCAUAGGCAGCGGGAGAGAAAAAACAAGAAAAUCGUUUUAGAAAAAGCAUCAAAAAAUCGUUGAUGUGGUGUUGUGAAAAGUGGCGAUUGUGCAAAGCUGUGUAAGCGCUAUAAAACCAAAACGAAACGAAACAAAACAAAACCAAAUCCCAAGUAAACACAAAAAAAACACACACAAAAUGGGCGAUAAAUAGAACGAGCAGUGAAAGCGCAAUAGAAGGCUGCCCCCCUUCCAUUUAGCCCCCUUCAAAAAAGUGGCCAAAUCGAAGUCCCAUUCGCAGUCUAGGAUCCAUACACAAUGCUGGCCACCAGCCACAUGCUGUACGUGCUGAUCGCCACCUGGGUGAUACCCAUUUUCGGGGCGGCCCUCAGCAAGACGGUGUUGUACCAGGCCCCAGAUGAGUGCCGCUGGUCCGGCGGCGGUGAGCACGACAUCACUCUGGUCUGCCACCUGAGGACCAUCAACUCGGAGCUGGAGAACACCAACUUUAGUGUGAUCCAGCCGCAGAAUACGGUGCGCCUGCGCCUGGAGUGCAACGACGCAUUGUUCUUCCAGAGCAGCCUGAGUCCGGACAGCUUCCGAUCGCUGGUGGAGCUGCGCGAUCUUACCAUCGAGUACUGCAAGCUGGGCAACCUGACGGACGGCUCCUUUCGGGGUCUGCAGGAGCUGCGGAAUCUCACCAUACGCACGCAUAAUGGCGACUGGUCCACCAUGUCGCUGGAGAUGGCCUCCAACAGUUUCGUGGAGUUCCGCCAGCUGGAGCGACUGGAUCUCAGUCUGAACAACAUUUGGCUGAUACCCGAUGGCAUGGUCUGUCCGCUGAAGUCGCUGCAGCACCUCAAUGCCUCGUACAACAAGAUCCAGGACAUAAGCAACUUCUAUUUUAGUGCCUCGCUGAGCUCCAGGAAGGCACGCGUGUGCGGAUCCACGCUGCAGAGCCUGGACCUGAGUGCCAACAAGAUGGUUAGUCUGCCCACGGCCAUGCUGUCGGCGCUGGGCCGGCUGAGCCACCUGAACAUGGCCAGGAACAGCAUGAGCUUCCUGGCCGACCGAGCGUUCGAGGGACUGCUCUCGCUGAGGGUGGUGGACCUGUCGGCCAACCGCCUGACCUCCCUGCCGCCGGAACUGUUCGCGGAGACCAAGCAGCUGCAGGAGAUCUACCUGAGGAACAACUCCAUCAAUGUGCUGGCCCCCGGCAUUUUCGGGGAGCUGGCCGAGCUCUUGGUCCUCGAUCUGGCCAGCAAUGAGCUCAACUCGCAGUGGAUCAAUGCGGCCACUUUUGUGGGUCUCAAGCGCCUGAUGAUGCUGGAUUUGUCGGCCAAUAAGAUCAGUCGCCUGGAGGCGCACAUCUUUCGACCGCUGGCCAGUCUGCAGAUCCUCAAGCUGGAGGAGAAUUACAUUGAUCAGCUGCCGGGUGGCAUUUUUGCGGACCUCACAAAUCUGCACACUUUGAUCCUGUCGCGCAAUCGCAUAUCGGUCAUCGAGCAGCGAACUCUGCAGGGUCUGAACAAUCUGCUGGUGCUCUCGCUGGACUUCAAUAGGAUAUCGCGGCUGGAUCAGCGAUCCCUGAUCAACUGCAGCCAGCUGCAGGAUCUGCACUUGAACGACAACAAGCUGCAGGCGGUGCCCGAGGCGCUGGCCCAUGUGCCGUUGCUCAAGACGCUCGAUGUGGGCGAGAAUAUGAUCGGUCAGAUCGAGAAUACCAGUAUCACCCAGCUGGAGAAUCUGUACGGCCUGCGCAUGACGGAGAACUCGCUAACCCACAUCCGGCGCGGUGUGUUCGAUCGGAUGAGCUCCCUGCAGAUCCUCAAUCUGUCGCAGAACAAGCUCAAGUCCAUCGAGGCGGGCUCACUGCAGCGGAACAGCCAGCUGCAGGCCAUCCGGCUGGACGGCAAUCAGCUGAAGUCCAUUGCCGGACUGUUCACCGAACUGCCCAAUUUGGUGUGGCUGAACAUCUCGGGCAAUCGGCUGGAGAAGUUCGACUACUCGCACAUACCCAUCGGGCUGCAGUGGUUGGAUGUGCGGGCCAACAGGAUCACCCAGUUGGGCAACUACUUCGAGAUCGAGAGUGAACUCAGUUUGAGCACCUUCGAUGCCAGCUACAAUUUGCUGACCGAGAUCACGGCCAGCUCGAUACCGAACAGCGUGGAGGUGCUGUAUUUGAACGACAACCAGAUCUCCAAGAUCCAGCCGUACACGUUCUUCAAGAAGCCCAAUCUGACGCGCGUGGAUCUGGUGAGGAAUCGGCUGACCACCUUGGAGCCCAAUGCCCUGCGACUGUCGCCCAUUGCCGAGGAUCGCGAGAUCCCGGAGUUCUACAUCGGGCACAAUGCCUACGAGUGCGAUUGCAACUUGGAUUGGCUGCAGAAGGUGAACCGCGAGUCGCGCACUCAGCCGCAGUUGAUGGAUCUGGACCAGAUCCACUGCCGUUUGGCCUACGCCCGCGGCUCCUCACAUGUGUCCCUGAUUGAGGCCAAGUCGGACGACUUCCUCUGCAAGUAUGCGUCGCAUUGCUUCGCACUGUGCCACUGCUGCGACUUUCAGGCCUGCGACUGCAAGAUGGAGUGCCCUGACAGGUGUUCCUGCUACCACGACCAGUCCUGGACCUCGAACGUGGUGGACUGCAGCCGGGCCACCUACGAGCAGGCCCUGCCGUCGCACAUACCCAUGGAUGCCACGCAGUUGUACCUGGAUGGCAACAACUUCCGGGAGCUGCAGAGUCACGCAUUCAUCGGGCGCAAGAGGCUAAAGGUGCUGCACCUGAAUCACUCCCGCAUCGAGGUGCUCCACAACCGCACCUUCUACGGACUUCUGGAGCUGGAGGUGCUGCAAUUGCAGAGCAAUCAGCUGAAAGCCCUGAAUGGCAAUGAAUUCCAGGGGCUGGAUAAUCUGCAGGAGCUGUAUCUGCAGCACAAUGCCAUAGCGACCAUCGACACGCUCACCUUUACGCAUCUGUAUCAUUUGAAGAUCCUGCGAUUGGAUCACAAUGCCAUCACCUCGUUCGCCGUGUGGAACUUCCUGCCCAGCUACCUGAACGAACUGCGACUGGCGGGCAAUCCGUGGAGCUGCGGCUGCGAGUUCAUCGACAAGCUGCGGGACUACAUGAACCGACACGAGUACGUGGUGGACAAGCUGAAGAUGAAGUGCGACCUGAUCAGUGGCAAUAGCACCCAGCAGAUGGUCAUUUACCCGGGAGCCGGUGAGGCCGGUUCGCUGCCCAUGGUGCAGUGCAGCCAAACCCUGCCACUGGGCCUGGACAAUAGCUUCAACUAUGCCGAACAGGCGGGUGGCGAGGGGAACGCCUCGAAUGCCACCUCCACGAAAAUGAUUCUGAAUCAGCCGCCGAAACAGGAUUACAUUCCCAUUCUGGUGGCCAUUCUAACGGCCUUCAUUUUCGUGAUGAUCUGCACCCUGUUGGUCUUCAUUUUCCGCCAGGAGAUGCGCGUGUGGUGCCACUCGAGAUUCGGCGUGCGACUGUUCUACAAUGCCCAAAAGGAUGUGGACAAGAACGAGCGGGAGAAGCUGUUCGAUGCCUUCGUCUCGUACUCCUCCAAGGACGAGCUGUUCGUCAACGAGGAGCUGGCACCCAUGCUGGAGCUGGGCGAACACCGCUACAAGCUGUGCCUGCACCAGCGAGACUUUCCCGUUGGCGGUUACCUGCCGGAGACCAUAGUGCAGGCCAUCGACAGCAGCAGGCGCACCAUAAUGGUGGUCAGCGAGAACUUCAUCAAGUCGGAGUGGUGCCGGUUCGAGUUCAAGUCCGCCCAUCAAUCGGUGCUGCGCGAUCGCCGCCGGCGUUUGAUAGUCAUAGUGCUGGGCGAGGUGCCACAGAAGGAGCUCGAUCCCGAUCUGCGUUUGUAUCUGAAGACCAACACGUAUCUGCAGUGGGGCGACAAGCUGUUCUGGCAGAAACUCCGCUUCGCUCUACCGGAUGUCUCCUCCGCGCAGCGAUCCACUGCCGCCGGCCAGGGUUGCCAUGUGCCGAUCAAUCAUGCCGCGUACCACCAUCACCAUCAUGUCCACCAGCAGGCGAUGCCGCUGCCCCACCCGGUGCAUCAUCAUCAGCAGCAGUUCAUGCUGCCCCCGCCGCCGCAGCAACCGGGCAGCUUCCGCCGACAGCCAUCGUUGCACCAACAGCAGCAGCAGCAGCAACAGCAACAGCAGCAGCAGCAACAGCAGCAGCAGCAGCAAUUGCAACAGCAGCAACUGCGCGGCAGCAACAACGCCACGCAGCAGCAGCAGCAGCAGCAGCAACAGCAGGCGGCCUUGCUGAUGGGCGGUGGGUCGGUGGGUGGGCCUGCGCCGCAGAUGAUUCCCCUGGCGGGUGGCAUCCAGCAGCAGAGCCUCCCAUUGCCGCCGAUCCAACCGACGCCGGCGUCUAGGAAUCUGCACAUGUGAGUGGGGUCACCAUUGAGUAGCGGGUCAGAGGCAAGGUCAGUGUGGGAGCAGCUGGAGAUGGCAGUGGAGCUAUGUUCUAUGAGACACAUAGGUAUUCAGUAUUUACUUUAUUGUUACUCUAUUGUUACAUAAAAAAAAGGGUAGGAUUAGGUAGCAGGUUCAAAGCUAUGUUUCUAAAAGUUAAUAAUCUAAUUGGUAAACUUCAAACACACUAAUGUAGCUAGAAAGCUCUAGAAGAUCAAACAUCAAUAUUUCUGCAAAACAACUUAUUUUAAUGACAACCACAACCGUUUUGUGCCCCCCAAAAAUAUCCAUAAAAGAUAAAUAGCUUAGACCCGACAUUUGUACGAUCUUGUUCAGUUAUGAAAGGUGAUCUAGAAUAUCUGAAGUCCGAAAAAAAAAUACUUACCCUCGCGAAUAACAAGUUUAACUUCCUCGGGUUUCAAACAAAAACAAAAAAAAAGGGGAAUUGCAUUCAAUAUGCAAAUGCGAGCGUUUAGCGAUAAAAGCCUAGUUACAUGUUAAAAUAGCAAAAGUAAAAGAAAAAUCGAGUGGGGAAAGAACAGGCAACACCAGUAACAAUAACAACAGCAACAAAAGACAACAGUAAAAUAGCUGGCGAGCCAGGCAAUUGUUGUUUGUUGGCCCUGUUCUGUUUUCUUACGGCCAGCUAUUUUCAGUUUCCUGGCUCGCAGCUAGAUUCUGAAAAUUGAUGUUGCAUGCAACACACCAACAGCAACUAGCAACCAGCAACUACACCGGGAAAAUUUAUCAAAUUUCAAUGGUUAUUUUUCAGUUUAAAAUUAGCUUUAUAAAUAAAAAAAAAUAGUUAAAAUUGCAGAGCAAUUCGGAAAUAUCAAUGAUAUGUUUACAUUUCAACAGGUCUCUUUGAAUAGAAGUUUUGAGAAAGAUGAUUUAUUCAUUUUUAAAAGUCAAAAUUAAAUUUUUUUUUAUAGAAAGUUUUGUUAUCGUAUUUAUUUCCCGUGUAGAUCCAACACCAACCAGUCAGUCAGGCAACAAAAGGCAGCAGGCCCAAAAGUAUUUCUCUUGGCUUUAUUUUUUUUUUUCGUCUUCCUUCUCCUUUAUUUAGUCGUUUUUCCAGCAUUUUUUUGUUUUUCUGUUUUCCCUCGUUUUCCCCGUUUGCAACGUUCAGUCGUUAGUUCAUCUUAACUGCUGCAUUUUGCUAUAACAAGCUCGACGUGUGUAGAAGAUACACCCGUGUAUCUGUAUCUGCAGCAGCUGUAGUCGCAUUCGCAUUCGCAUUCGUAUCUGUAUUCGUAUCUGUAUCUGUGAGUGCGCGGGUCGGGAAAAAUAGGCAACGCAAAGCAUCACAGAGCUCAUGUCUGGCUGGCCAAAAGGAAAAUGGUAACAAAAAGCAGACCUUAGACGUUAGAAAACCAAAAAACCUAGACCGUCUGCAGACAGUAGUUGUACGGUUUGAAAUUGGUUUUGGUUUCUGUUACUUCCCCUCUCCUCUUGAGCCACAAUUACAUGUGCUAAUCAAUGGCAGCAAAAUAGAUGGCAAAAAGAUGUUGCUGAUGGGAACAAUCGUGUGAGAAGAAAACAAUUGUAGGGGACUUAGCUCUGAUAAAACGGACUUACAUCCAACAAUUAAUGCCAGUUAAUUGUAUCCCAGUAUGGGUAGAUAAAGUCGGGGAAACAGAAUUCCCCUAUAAUAGAGCCAUUCGGCCAGAUCACGCUAUGCCCAGAUUUGAUUAGAAAACAAAGCUUUCUUUUUUUCCCCAGCUAGUCAGAGAUUAAGCAGAAGUAGUCAGAAUUUCCCAGAGUGAAACUUCCGACUGUGACCUUGCUGCAGAAGAAAAAAAGAUACAAGUUUCCCCGGCAGCCAGAGGAAAACCAAGGAAAAAUCGUUGUGGAGAGAUCAGCACGUGUGCUGGGUUGUGUGGGCCCCCAAAGUUGUGUUUUAGCCGAAAAUCGACAAGGCCAGAAUAGGAGGAACAUGAGAGCAGAGCCGUACAGAUUAGUUUGGUCUUGGCGAUUAAAAUCUACCUGGUUGUUUGCUACGCCCUCUCCAUCUCUGUCCAUCUUUGUCCAUCUCAGACAAUCUCCAGCUCCACUGCCUUGCCAAUUUAAAAAUGCAUUCCAAAAGCAAGAAACCAGAAAACUAGUUAACAAAGUAAACACACACUCUAGAUGGAUUCACUUGGCCUAGACCGUAAAGAGUUAAAUGUAAAUAAGUUAAAUGCUAAUCGUACGUUUAUUUGUUUAAUCAUUGUGAUAUUUUGUUUUAGCAUAAGCCCUAAUUUAUUAAGAUGAGUACCAAUUUCCUACCAACCUAUGUUUAGAAGUAAACUUAUCCUCAUUAGUUAGUCUAGUUCGUAAGCUAAUAAAUCGAAUCCGAAUCCAUCACCCCGCCUACGAGAUACAGCCAUAUUAAUUCUAUGAACAUGAUAAAAUUAUUGUACAUAAAAACCAAUUGAAAAAGGACUGUAUGCACUUACAUGAAAAGAAAAACGAAUUAUGCAACACGAAUCAAACAAAUUGAAAACAUAAAUCGACUGAUUACAUGUGUACUAUAUAUAAAUAUGCAUAACAUUUAACUAUGAUUUACUCGCCGCUUGUUGUAAAUAUUGUAACUACCCGCAAACCUACGGAUAUGUAUUUUAUUUUGUAAUUUUAUGUUUUCUAGUUUAUAGCAAAAAAAACAAUGAAAAGAAAAAGCGAAACACAAAAAUAUAUAAAUG